AUGCCGAGCAUUAGCACAACCACGGCGGUGCUGACGCUCGCAGUUCUCCUGCUCCUGGCGAGACCUGCGAAUGCCUUCGGAGCGGGGAACAUUGCCAGCGUGGCUAAGAUUGAAGGUCUUAAUUGGCGCCAUGGUGAUAUCGAAGACACCCUCCUUACGCUUGUUAUGUCGAGAGCUGCUGGUGGAAAGAAGUUUGACAAGAUGAACGUUGCUCGAGUUUACUUUGGCAACUGGCUGAGAGAUUACUCUCAAGCAAUCGAUGUCGGAACCGUCAAAUAUGUCAGUGCUGAAGCGAUUCGAAUUCUUCUCUGGGUCCUUGGUUUUAUGACAUUUGGAUAUGGCACGAAGGAGUUCGAAGUGACUUCUGAACGUCUGGGCUGCUACAGACCAGAAGACCAUAUCGACAACCCCAAAGACUAUGCGGAUAACCUCGAUGCGACACAAUAUGAUCGUAGACUUCGUGGUCCUAUCAACGAACGAGUUGAAUUGGCGAUUGACCCUAGAACUGGUCUGAAGAACUAUAUUGCCAAUGAGCAAGCAGGUAUCAUGACCUCUGCUUUGCAUGUACGCCAGCUCUUCGGUAAAUGCAUCCAACUGGGUCGAUCGUACGCCCAAACCGGAAACAAGGCUGAGCUUCACGAGGCUCUUCGCCUGCUAGGUACCGGACUUCACUGUCUUGAGGAUUAUUCUGCUCACAGCAACUACACCGAACUAGCUCUUAUUGAGAUGGGCGAGCGCGAUGUCUUCCCUCAUGUUGGCCGUCAAACCGCUAUCCGUCUCCAAGGAGCUCGUAGCGAAGUCUACCCUAUCAUUACUGGAACCUUCGGUGGUGUUGAUUUCCUCCACUCGGUAAUGGGCGAGUUCUCCGAUAAGGCCACGCAAAGCGAAAUCUCAGAGCUGGAGGGGACUAUGCAAGGAGGCAGUAACGCUGAUACCAGUGUCCUCAAGGAUCUCCUCAGCUCCGUACCUUCUGGACUCUUUGGUGGCAAGGACGAGGCUGGCAAGGCAGAUGAGCUUCAAGCAAAUGCUACUGCUGCUCAAAUGAACCAGAUGCGCGUGUCUCCCCGCCAGCCAGAAGAGUUUACUCGCCAAAUGCAGGACGUCGCCAAGCAAAUCUACCCUGUCAUCGAAUGGCACGACGAGCUCAUGCAGUCGAUCACUGAAGCAAUUGAGAAGAUUCCAAUUUUGCCAGAUCUUAUCGAGCAGAUUGAGGAACAACUCAAUAUCUUUGUCUUCUCGCUCUUGGCGCCAUUCGUUCUCCCAAUCAUCAGCCAGAUCAAGACUGAGUUGAACACUGGCUCCUCUGAGAUUAUCCAGAGCAGUAAGGACAAGCAAUUAAUCGUCUUCAAUGAUGACCGUUCUUCUGAUCCCACUCAUUCUAUGUUGUCCAAGGACCAUUUCUCCAACAUUCUCAACGAGCCAGCUGGCAAGAUUGCUUCUCAAGUCUUGAAAUGGGUAGUUCCUCAGCUCAUCGCCUGCUGGGACGAUCCGCGUGUCGAUGCAGACCGCACUAUCAACCGCAUCAUCAACGGUGUCUUCCAUCACCCCGCCCAACGUGAAAUGGGUGAUGACGGCGCAGUUGACGGCCGCCGUUUGAUGUUCGGAGUUGUCGAGCAGUGGUGGAGAAAUAUGGACCAGCGCGAACAGCAAGAGUACCGCAGAAAGUUGAGCCGCGAUGGUGUCAUGAACGGAGAGAAUCACAAGGAAGGUGUUGAGGAUAGUGGUCACGGAUGUGGCAAGCCCUUGGGAAUGGCCAAGCAAGCUGGUGGGUCAUCUGGCCCUGCCGCCGGUAUUCUCGGUGAUAUUUCUUCCACCCUAGGCGGUGGUCUCUCAUCAGGAGGCGGCCACGGCGGUUCCAGCGGAGGAAACUCGGGACUCAGCAAAUUCGCCUCAGAAGCAGCAGGUGGUGGAGCUCUAGGUGGAAUAGCAGGUGCUCUCGCUGGCGGGCUUGGCGGCUCUCUACUGAGCGGCGCCUUUGGUGGAGACGACGAGGAGAAAAAGACGAAGAAAUACUCUUCCGAGGGCUACACUUCCGGUGGAGGUUACCAACAGAAGUACACUGAGGUCCAGCACAGUGGCAAUCAAUACAACCAAGCACAGUAUUCAGAGACCCAAUACUCAAGCGGAGCCCAGCAGACCGAUUACCAACGCUAUGAACAAAACAGCUCUGGAAAUUACGGUGGUGGAUUCGAGCAACGCACUGAGACUCGCCCUACCUACGGAGGUAACUAUGAGCAAACUACCGAGCGCAUCUAUGAGCGUCCUGGUGGACAGGUGCAGGCAGAGGCUUGGCGUGAGGAGAAACAAUAUAAAAAGGAUAGCGAUGAUGAUAGUGAUGGUUCAUACAAGAAAAAGAAGCAUCAUAAGAAGCAUCAUAGCGAUAGUGGUGAUGAGCGCCCAAGCCAGGGUGGAUAUGGCGGACAGAGACAAGAGGGUUAUGGACAACAGCAGCAACAGGAGAGCUAUGGCGGCGGUGGUGGCUACGGACAACAACGACAAGAGGGCUAUGGCGGUGGUGGUGGCUACGAACAACAACGACAAGAGGGCUAUGGCGGUGGUGGUGGCUACGGACAGCAGCGACAAGAGGGCUACGGUGGUGGAGAUUAUGGCGAGGAGAGACGCGAGCGUUUUGAGGAACCUCCUCGUCAGGAAUACGGCGGAGGAAAUGAGGCUGGAUAUGGUGAGAGAGAACGACAAAACGAGUAUCAAGAAGAAUACCAAGAGGAGCGUCGAGAAGAAUACCAAGAGGAGCGUCGAGAGGAGUACCAGGAAGAGAGACGCGAGGAGGGAGGCGGUGGCUGGUUCUCUUAG